AUGUACCGCGCCAUCUCCCUCGGCAUGCGGGCUGUCCUAUUCCUUUGCGGCGUGACCGUCCUCGGCCUCGCGGCGGCCAUGAUCAAGAACCAGGUCGUCGACAGCCCGCCCGUGACGACGCGCUACAGCACCUUCACCGGCGGCUUCGGCAUGAUUGUGUGCGGCGUUGGCGCCCUCGGGCUCUUUGUGUCCUUCAUUCCUGCCCUGGUGCCCAUUGUGCUCGACGGGCUGGCGGGGCUGCUGUUUCUCGGGGGCGGCAUCGCCUGGACAAUCGGCCUCCGCUCGGUAGAGAACUGCUCCAACUACUACGAGAUGCUCCGCAACCCCCUCCUGAACCAGGGCAGCAUCGGCUCCGGCGAGGACACGCGGUACGGCAUCAUUGGCCCUGACGACGGACCUGAUGCAAUCGCCUCCAAGUUGCUGAGUAACUGCCAGCGUGCCCGGGCCGACGAGGUUCUGCAGUUCAUCUGCUUUGCGCUCGCGCUGGGCUUGGUUGGGCUGGGAGUUGUUGGGCUGAGGAAGGGGAAGGUUGGGGGUGGGGAGUAUGUUGUUUGA